GGCCGGGGCGGGCUGCUGGGCUGGCUGCGGCGGCGGGGCCUGGGCCGGGGGCCCUUCGUGGACCCGGCGCGGGACAACUACCGCGCCUUGACGGGGCUGUACAGCGCCAUCCAGCCCGCCGACUCUGUGUCGCUCAGCACCCGCACGCACGGCGCCGUCUUCAACCUCGAGUACUCGCCCGACGGGUCAGUGCUGACUGUUGCUUGUGAACAGACUGAAGUUUUACUUUUUGACCCCAUAUCUUCAAAGCACAUCAAAACUCUCUCUGAAGCUCAUGAGGACUGUGUAAAUAAUAUCAGGUUUCUAGAUAAUCGACUGUUUGCAACUUGUUCUGAUGACACUACAAUAGCACUUUGGGAUCUGAGAAAACUAAACACAAAAGUGUGCACUUUACAUGGUCACACCAGCUGGGUGAAGAAUAUUGAGUAUGACACCAAUACCAGACUACUGGUGACAUCUGGGUUUGAUGGAAACGUGAUCAUUUGGGACACCAACAGGUGCACAGAAGAUGGAUGUCCUCACAAGAAGUUUUUUCACACCCGGUUUCUCAUGCGGAUGAGAUUGACACCAGACUGUUCGAAAAUGUUGAUCUCGACCUCCUCUGGAUAUCUCCUGAUUUUGCAUGACCUUGAUUUAAACAAGUCUUUAGAGGUUGGCAGCUAUCCAAUUUUAAGAGCCAGAAGAACUGCAUCAAGUUCAGAUAUGACAUCUUCCAGUUCAUCUGGUCCAAGAACUGUUGGUUCACCAUGUCACCAGAAUGAUUCGGGUCCAUUGUCUGAAAAACACAUGUCCCGAACCUCACAAAGAGAAGGUGGAUCUCCACGAAAUAGCCUUGAGGUAUUAACACCAGAAGUUCCUGGAGAAAGAGAUCGUGGUAACUGUAUCACAUCACUGCAGCUCCAUCCUAAAGGAUGGGCUACUCUUCUUCGGUGCUCAAGUAACACAGAUGACCAUGAGUGGACCUGUGUCUAUGAAUUCCAAGAGGGAGCCCCAGUGCGUCCUGUCUCACCCCGUUGUUCCCUACGACUGACUCAUUGCAUAGAAGAAGCUAACGUAGGCCGGGGUUAUAUCAAAGAACUCUGUUUCAGCCCUGAUGGCCGAAUGAUUUCCUCCCCACAUGGCUACGGGAUCCGCUUGUUGGGGUUCGACACACAGUGCAGUGAACUUGUUGACUGUUUGCCCAAAGAAGCUGGUCCCUUGCAGGAAAUCCGUUCUCUGUACUCACACAACGAUGUGGUACUGACGACCAAGUUUUCUCCAACGCACUGUCAGAUUGCCUCAGGGUGCCUUAGUGGACGUGUUUCUUUAUAUCAGCCAAAGUUCUAGGCACAUCUUGCAUCAACAGGAACUUCUCAGACAUUUGUUUUUAUAAUUACUUCAGUUUAGUUGAAGUGUGUUCUUUUUAAAAUCUUGUAAGUUUGAACAAGAUCAUAGUUACUAUGGUCUGUGAACAUACCAGUGAAAUGAGUUCAGUCCAGCACUGUAUACAUCUGGCACUGUAUACACAAGCCAGAUGCCCUGCACCCUGUGUUCAGCCUUUCAUGCAGUCCCCUGCUCCUGCUGAUCCUGUGCCAUUGAUCUCCAGUCUUUCUGGUUGGUUUGCACAGUAGCACUUGGUCUUUCUUUUCAACAUGACUUCUGGUAGGCCACCUGCAAAAUGUGUAGGGCAGGGGUGGGAAGAACAGUUAACCAAGCAAACAUCCCCUCCCUGUUUCCACUGGUACAGUCUUUCCUCAUCACAAAGGAACUGGACUUUCUUGCAUGCACUCAUUCAGCCUUUUUUGCUGCUGUAACUUUUCUUUGCAGUGAAGAGGUAAUGGAACUGUUCUUACAGAUACUAGAUUAAUUUUGCAACAGAAGAGAAGGGGGUAGAACACCCCCCCCCCCAAAUCUACUUGCAUUCCCAAUAUAAUGAAUUUGGUUCUUGGUGACUGGCUAGAAAAGUGUUUGUUACUUUUUCUAAUGCUUUGCUGUAGUUAAAUUUUAGGCUUUUUUUCUUAAUUUGUAUACACUGUUUAUUAUCAGAUAGAAAAUUUUCAGCGUGGAGAUGCAGCUGCAUUUCUUCAGUGAAUUCAGUAGGAAAAGAAUGCCGUAAUGAAUAGGAAGAAUAAACAUCAUGCCUUGUAAGCAUUGCAAAAUAGCCUUUAGAAAAGUCUGGCAUAAAGUGGCAAGUUAUGUGUACCCCAACCACCAAGCUCUCUGUGACCCAUAGUACGGAAAGCUUUUUAUGGUAAUAAAAUCCUUUUUGGCAUUUCGUUCUAAAAAUUAAGAAAUAACAACACUUUUUGCAUUUCCCAUUCUGUUAACUUGGUGGAUUCCCAACUAAUUCCCACAGAAGUGCAUAAUAAAAUACUCUUGUAAAGUGCA